CACUUCUCACACUGCCUCAUUUGUGGUAUGAAAACUUGUUCUCAAUUUUCCUGUGUUGUGCAUAAUCAGAUUGGACGGACAGCUGAUCAUUUGUUUGAGUUGGCUUCACACUUCAGCGUUUUCUAUCCAGUGCUGGCAGCUGAUCAUGGCUACAACCACCCCUGAUGUCGCUAUUUUCAAUUGCAGUGACAAUUUGAGCACAACGGCUAUACCAGACAGGACUGCAUCAUCCUUGCCUCAUAGCACCACCGAAGAUUACUAUGCCUACCCUGAGGGGGACUUUGGGAUGUGCGUUUACGAGCGUCAUGGGGCCAAGUUUCUUCCUGCCCUCUUCUCCAUCUUCUGCCUCCUGGGUCUUCUUGGUAACUCUCUUGUCAUCUGCGUCAUUGCAUGUGGGGUGCGACUCCGUAGUAUGACUGACGUGUGCCUUCUUAACCUGGCCAUUGCUGACUUUCUCUUGGCGUGCUCCCUUCCCUUCCUAGCCCACCAAGCCUGGGACCAGUGGUUAUUCGGAGAUACUAUGUGCAAGGUCGUCUUGGGCAUUUAUCAUAUUGUUUUUUACUGUGGGAUUUUUUUUGUCUGUCUAAUGAGCAUUGACAGGUACUUGGCUAUAGUUCAUGCUGUUUACGCUAUGAGAGUACGGACAGGGUCCUGUGGACUGAUUGCAGCUGCUGUUACAUGGGUGGCUGGAUUUUUGGCUUCUUUCCCUGACUUGAUCUUUCUCCAACAGCAAACUAAUGUUGGUAUGUCUAACCGUAAUUACUGCUUCCCUGUAUAUCCCAAAGCUGCUUUCAAUAAUACCAGUUCUUUCAACCCCCACUUCUGGAGGCUCUUUAGUAUUUUUAAAAUGAACAUUUUGGGUCUAUUUGUCCCAGCUAUCAUCAUGGGAUUCUGCUACUCACAGAUUGUCUGGCGGCUACUGUUCACUCAGUCAUCCAAGAGACAGACCAUCCGUUUAAUUUUCAUAGUGGUGUCUGUUUUCUUCUGCUGCUGGGUCCCCUACAAUGUUGCAUUGUUAUUCAAAGCACUAGAGCUACUGAAUAUCUAUCUAGAAUGCGAAAGCAGCAAAGCCAUCACACUGACUUUACAAGUCACUGAGGCCAUUGCCUACUCUCACAGCUGCCUCAAUCCCAUCCUGUAUGUGUUUGUUGGGGAGAAGUUCAGGAGGCACCUGGUGAGGUUGAUAAACAGGGCUUCCUGCAGACUGUGUCAGAUGAUCAGGGUCUACAUACCUCAGGAAAGACAAAGCUGGUCAGUUUACUCACAAACCACUAGCAUGGAUGAGAGGAGUACAGCUGUGUGAAGUGGGGAUGUGCAGGAUGUGGUAUGUUUGCUUGUUACAUCUAUCUUUAUCAUUUCCACAAUGAGGACAUGUCCCCUAAAGUCAAAAAAAGGUUAUUCUGAGUAAUUUUUACUUUUUAAUAGGGUCUUAUGAUGUUUUAUUUUUCAAUACAGUUACAUAUUUUUUUAUGAUUCAUAAUUUUGUUUUCCUGCUUAAUCACAUACUGGCUGAAGCUGAAAAAAAAAAACAAAACAAAAAAAAAACAAACCAACAAAACCUUAGAUACUGACCAUUACCUUGUAUUCAAUCAAGGCACAUGCCAUUCUGAAAAGUGAAACAAAUUUUUACUUAUCUUUGACCAGUCUCACAUAUGCAUGUGUAGUGUGUAUCACAUUACUGCAGAGCAAAAUGUCCUUGAUGCAAUGUUAGUAUUAUAAGUUUCACAGCCUCUGUAGCAAGUGCUUUGCACAUUACCCCAACCCAGAGAAAACCACAACUAAAACGGAAGUAGCUAAACUGUCAUUUUAACCUUUGCAAUCUGUGGUGCACAUCUGAGCAUUUUACUAUAACACUUUGAAAAUGUUGUAUUAUGCUUUCUGAUAUUAGCCAGCAUUGAACAAAAACAGGUCAUUUUCUAAAAACUUCUAAUCUAGUCUUGAGGCAGAAUGAAGAGAUAAAUUAAUUAACAUACUUUAUGUAAAAAAUCCCAAAAUUAAAUUUUAUUCAUUCUAAGUAUCCCAUCCAACUCACAGUCCACUAACAGUGGACCAUGUGAACAGUUUAAUAAUGGGAAGUGUUUUGAAUUUACAUCACCUAAAGGACUGAAAACUCAAUGGGCAAGCAAAAGGUGGAAGUGAUCUACAAUCUGUUCCAGUAACUUUAGUUCCUCAUUGCAUGUCUUGAAAUGGUUUCUAUCAUUACUGUAGCUAGUUACUCUACUUGUGCUUGUCAUAUUUAUUGAGGACAUUGACAAAGAUCCUUUUUCUUUUUUUUAAAUUUGUAUUCAACAGUAACAUCAUCCCUUGAGUCAGGGACAAAUUUAAAGUGAUGUACUCUUGUAGAUAAAGAUGGGUGACAGAUUUGAAGGGAAAUAAAGCAGCAACUUCAACAUCCCCUUCUCUGGCCCUGCACUUCCUCUCUGUAGCUGUGCUGUCACCAUCACAAAGACAUAAUGUCAACCAAAUAUUCUUUUAAAAGAAAACCACUGUCAGAGAAACCACGGUGAUACGUGCAGCCUGAAUGUUCCAACAUAAGCAAGAUCUUUUUGUACUGCCAUGUUAAAUAUUUAUGUAUCAUGUUGUCCUUAAUAUAUAUAUAUAUACAUAUGAAACUAUAU